AUGGGUAUUCACGGCCUUAACAAAGUGUUGGGUGAUAAUUGUCCAGCUGCGAUAAUUUCCAAUGAAAUCAAGAAUUAUUUUGGUCGUAAAAUUGCUAUUGAUGCUUCAAUGUCAAUAUAUCAGUUCUUGAUUGCUGUUAGACAAGAUGGACAACUGUUAACUAAUGAUUCUGGAGAAACAACAAGUCAUUUGAUGGGAUUAUUUUAUCGAACAAUUCGUAUGGUGGAAAAUGGGAUUAAACCUUGUUAUGUAUUCGAUGGUAAACCACCUGUUUUGAAAUCUGGUGAACUUGCAAAAAGAUUAGAACGCAGAAAAGAAGCAAGCAAGAACCUUGAGGAAGCAUUUGAAAAUGGUGAUGUUGCAGAUAUUGAUAAAUUUAGUCGUCGUACGGUAAAAGUUACACCUGAACACAAUAAUGAAUGUAAAGAAUUAUUGGGGUUAAUGGGAAUUCCAUAUGUAGAGGCUCCUUGUGAAGCAGAAGCACAAUGUGCAGCUUUAGCCAAAGCGGGAAAAGUUUACGCUGCAGCGUCAGAAGAUAUGGACACGUUGACAUUUUCAACACCUGUUUUAUUACGACAUUUAACAUUUAGCGAGAAUAGAAAAUUACCGAUUAAUGAGAUUAGUCUCAAUAAAAUUAUCCAAGGGCUUGAAGUUACAAUGGAUCAAUUUAUCGAUCUUUGUAUUCUGUUGGGAUGUGAUUAUUGUGAUUCGAUCAAGGGAAUCGGGCCUCAUCGUGCCGUAGAACUUAUCAAAAGAUAUGGAAAUUUAGAAAAAAUCAUAGAAAAUUUAGACACUAAAAAAUAUCCAAUACCGGAAGACUGGCCAUAUAAAGAGGCACGUGAAUUAUUCAAAAACCCGGAUGUAAAGGAUCCAAAUGAAAUAGAGAUUAAAUGGGAAACUCCUAAUGUUGAGGGUCUUGUUGAAUUUUUGGUAGUACGAAAAGGUUUUGGUGAAGAACGUGUUCGUAAAGGUGCAGACAAAUUAGUAAAAAGUUUUAAAACUAAAAGUCAAGGAAGGUUGGAUAGUUUUUUUACACCAUGUCCUAAUCAAAAUCCUUCCGCUAAACACAAGAAAUCAAAAACAUCUACUAACAAAAGUGGAGGUCGUGGUAGACCUAAAAAGUAA